AUGGAGUCCGACUGGUUCAUAAACGCCAAGCAGGCGCUCGCUGCGGCAGAGCCUAUAUGCACGGCUGCAGACUCGCUAGUUGUUUGCUCGCGAGAGACUCUUGAGGCAGCGCUGGCUGUGCACUCCAAGUCUCUCUUCCUCGACAAAGAGCUACAUAGCCAGAUCGCGCUGCUCUAUCAGAUCAACGAAGCUCUGCAUGCCGCGGUUGCUUCCUGCGAGGCUGAGUUUGAAGCUAGCUUACUGGAGCUUGACAAGAGCGGGGCCAGGCUUGACGGCGUAUUAACCAAGCUGCAGGAGUUGGUGGUCGAUCCGGCAUUCAAGAGCAGCAGCAGUACGGAAGACAACCAAGAAGGUGACGGCGACGGCGACGGCAAUACCAUCACCACCGCAAAUACAAAACGAACACUUAAAGAUUACACACAUGAUGCAGGUGUCGAGCAGAUCAAAUCACAACUGCGACAAGCAAUCGAUGUCUUUCAGGAUCAGCAUGGUCUCAUGAUCUCUGGUUUGUCUGACUUCGACAUCGAGCUUGCAGACCUGUCUGAGAAGAUCUCGGAAGCGCCUCCGCCGUUGUCAGACAUUUCACAAUGCAAGUCAUUUGUAAACUCUCUCGAGAUCAUUGAAACCCACGCGCGCGAUAUGGGUAUACUGCUAGAGUCUCUUGCCCACCACUACGACCAAUGCUCACAAGCACUCAUGACCUCUGACGAAUCUCGUCUUGAAGAUGAUCCCGAGCGCGCAGACUUGAUUGCUGUUUUACGUGACGACGCUGCUCAGGUUCCAGACGUGCUGGACGAGAUACGCGAGCGACAUGCUGCCAUGUCUGCCCUGACCGACGCGCUCACCACAUUUCUAUCCGACUCCACAGAACGAUAUACGUCCGCCGUCCAGCGUUCGUCGGUGUUUUCCGCGUACAAACAGAAUCUAGAACGGCAUUUACUCAGCGCUCGCGAGUUUGCAGACGGAGUGCAGGAUUAUUUCGAUCGGCGGAACUCGCUACUUUCAGAACUCGAGGAGCUAAUCGGCUACUUUGAAGGAUUUAUCCGCAGCUACGACGCUCUUGUGCUCGAAGUCGUACGUCGGCAAAACACCAAAAAGCGCAUGGAAAGCGUUGUGCACGAGACGCUUGAUAAGCUGAAGGCCAUCUACGACGAGGAGAUGGAUUCGCGAACGGCGUUCUGGAAACGGAGCGGGCCGUAUAUACCUAUUGAUCUAUGGCCUGGCGUGAGUGAUCCGCCGAUCGGCUUUGAGAUUGUCGCACAUGAAGUGUCGCCUCUACCUGAAUUGGGCAGGACAUUGAUCGAGCAAGCGAAACGGAGACUGGUCUCCAAAGAUGGCGGUUUCUAG